AUGGCGUCAAUACUAAAAAAUCAAAUUAUCAAACGAUUAUCAAAAUUUGUCAAAAAUCUCUCAUCAAAUCAAAUUAAUUUAAGUACAUUAAAAGGUGAAGGUGAAUUAUCAUCAAUUAAUUUAGACGAAAAAGCAUUAGAAGAUGUCAUUGAAUUACCCAUAUGGCUUAAAAUUAAAAAAGCAACAUGUGGACGAGUUUUUAUUAAAAUUCCUUGGACAAGUUUAAAAACAUUACCAAUUCAAAUACAAUUAGAUGAUGUUACUAUUGAAAUUGAAACAUGUGAACAACUUCGUGAUAUACAUAAUUUAUCAAAUGCCAAUGAUCCUUCAAUGGGUAAAUAUGGUUUUACUAAUCGUGUUAUUGAUGGAAUUUCAUUAACAAUUACAAAUUUAAUAUUUGAAAUAAAAGCUCAAGGUUUCAAAGCAUCGAUUUGUCUACCUAGUUUAGAUAUUUAUAGUACAGCUCCCAAUGGAAAACGAGUUGAGACAUUAACUGCAACUCGUCUUCGAAAUACUGCUAAAGAUCAUAUUAUACUUUUUAAAGAAAUAUCUUGGCCAAAUGCACGUAUUCAAGCUUCAUCAAAUGAUAAUAAUCUACCAGGAACAGCACUACGUUUUAUUGCUAAUUCAUGUCGUGUAAGAAUUGCAAUGAAAAAAAAUAUUCAAGAUAGCUCUAUGGUAGCAUCUCGUGUUAUGAUAGAAUUUGAUGAUUUUCUAUCAGUUUUAAAUGAUACGCAAUUAAAAUCAGCAUUAAAUACAUACAAAGAAAUAACACAACUAAUGAAGAAAGCAUCGGACGAAAACAAACGUAAUGUGGGAAAUAAAUUGAAUAAAUCAGAAAAACAAGUACAAGCAUCGACAUAUCCACCUAAACAAUCGUCGAUAGGUACUAAUGAAUUAACAAAUCCAUUUAAUCCAUUAAAUAACGGACAACAAUCUACUGAUCUUUUUGCACGCUUUGAUAUUAUUGAAACAUCAUUACAUUUUACUAUUAAACGAUUAGAUUUACAUAUUAUUGCUGAUACAGGUAUUCUUCCUGAUCGUUUAGUUGAAAAUGGUGCAUUACAAUUAACUCUAGCAAAUUUUUCUCUUGAUCAUUAUCCAUAUCAUGAAUUUGGUACAUCAAAAAAACAUUGGAUAAAAUAUAAUGAAAUUCAAUCAUUCAAACGUAAUGAAUGGGCAAGUAAAUUACAUGAACAAUGGUACGAACAAUUGAAUAUUGCUAAAGCAUCUGUACCAAAUGAUGAAAUGUCUAUGAGAUUUGAAAAAGCUCUUCGUACUAAUCGUAUUCGUUUAUUUGAAUCAUGUAGUGUUAUAAAUAUUGAUGAUCUUGUUUUCUAUCCUGUUUCAUUAAAUAAUGAUAAACAUCAAAAACGUCGUCGACCAUUAAUUUCAUCUGAUAAAGCAUAUUAUCAAGUACCAGAUUCGUUCGGUUUAAUUAAUAUUCAACAUACUGAAUAUUAUUAUCCAAUACCUUAUUCAUUUCCUGUACCAAAUAGUGAUUUAUAUAUUCAAAUAAUGCCAUUUCUUUUUCGUCUUGAUUUUACUACAUCAAGUUGGUUACAUGCAUUUAUUUCGACAUUAUCAAUAACAAUAGAUAAUUCCGGUGUAUUAGAAACUAAUGAACCAAGUAGUGAUUCUGAACGUAUAGAGAUUACUGUCGAAGCUAUGUUACCACGAAUACUUAUAAGUUCGGAUAUGUUUUCCAAUGUUCAACCAACCAAAAAUGAUAAAACUUCCGAAUCAGAUAUAUCCAAUCAACAAGAUUUUGAAACACUUGAAUUUAGUAUAUCCAAAGUUUUAGUUACAAAUACUCGAAUAGAAUCAACAAGUAAUCGAACGAAACUUGAACAACAUUUAGAAUUAUUUAAAAAAACAAAUUUUUUUCAACAAAAUCAAUGGCCUUUUUCAAAUACAACAACAACACGUAUUAGUCCAUUAUUUGAAAAACAUCCAUAUGAAACAUUCUUAUAUAAUAAUCCAUUAUGUACAAAACCUAAUACUUUACCAGAAUCGCCAUCGGCUAGUAAAGCACUACAUACCUAUUAUACAAUGACAACAGAUUCAUUAAAAAAAUCUGCAAAAUAUGAUAUCUGGCAUUUUGAUGCUGAAAAUAUUUAUUUGGAUUACACACCUUCAUCAUCAGAUUCAGGUCGAAUAAUAAAACAGAAUAUAAUUAGUUCUGUAACAUUAAAUGGUUGGACUGUAGUGGAUACAAAUGAAAAAAAUCCCGUGUUAAAUAUUCUUGGUAUUUUGGAAACUUCAUCUAUAUUGAAAAUUUCCCAGAUACAAUAUACAUUUAUUAUGCAUCUAGUCGAUGAACUAGGUUUGUUUCUCGACAAAAUUGAUAAUAUUACAGAUCAAAUGAAUUUAAUUAAACAAAAAACUAUGCCAAUUAAUACUUCCGAUGAUAUGAAAAUAACAAUUUGUUUAACUGCUCCAAGUACAUUUACACUUACUGUUAUUGAUGGUCUUGAUAAUACGAUGAUUGAUCCUGCAACACCGACUUCAUCAAGUCCACCCUCAAUCGAAAUUGAAUCUAUCACACGUCAUAUAUCCGAUCUUAACAUUCCUGUUGAUCCAGUACCUAAACCAGCAACACCAACUUUUUUUAAUACAACUAAAAUCGAACCAACAAUUCCAACGAAAAACCCAUCAGUAUCAGGAUACAAAAAAUCUAAAUUUGAAGAAAAUUUUCAUCGUGGAUUAGAUAUUUUUUCCAAAGGAACACGUAGUCCAUCGAUCGCAUCAUCUAUGAAUAUGAGUGAUAGUGAUGAUACUUUAUCUCAAUUAGAUAUGACCGAAUAUUUAGAUGGUGAUCUCGAUGCAAGUUUAUUUACGAACGAUUUUGAACAACAAAAAGCAGCACGUAUUGAACUUGAUGAUGAUUGUAUUAGUUUAACGGAUAAAAAUUGUAUUAGAACAACAGCAUUAGAAUCUGUUAAUGGUGUAUUUAUUAAACUGAAUCAACUCAAUGUUUGUAUAACAGAAGAUGAUACAAAAACUGAUAAACCAAUGUAUAUUGCAUGUAAUGCAAAAUAUUUACGUAUUGAUGAAUUUUUUGCAUUAAAAUUCGAUACAAUUAAACCGAAAUUAUUUGAUAACGAAAAUCCUGAUGAAUUUAAUAAUGAAAAAGUUCCACCAAUAAAUAUUCGUAUUGAUUUUCCAAAAGAUAAAAUAUCAUCACCAACACCACUUGUUUGUGUAAAGAUUCAAGAUCGUACAUUAUCACUUGCUAGUCAUGCUAUUGAUGUAAUUACACUAAAUCUCGAAGAAAUUCUAACAUCUGAAGAAAAAUUCAUUAGACAAAAUCAACCACUUAAAAUUGUUCCCAUCGAUAUAUAUUUAAGCAAUAUACAUCUAACACUUGAACCUUUGCAAGAAAAUUCAACUACACAUGCUAUUGUAGAAACUAAACCACCGGUAAAAAUAAAUAUCGAAGGGUUACAUAUUCUUCGACAAAUUGAUGGACAAUUGAUAAUUCAUAAAUCGAAUAGUAAUGAUCAAAAAAAUCAAUCUUUAUUAGAAUCAAAUUCUAAUAAUGAUGAUUUACAAGAAAAACUACGACAAUUAGAAAUCUUUCGUUUAGAAAAUGAACAACUUCGUUCAGAAUUAGAAACUCAAAAAAAAGAAAAAAAUAUUAUACUUCGUGAACGUGAUAGUUUAGUAAAGACAGUUUCGAAACUUGAUAGUGAAUUAACUAAAGCUGAAUAUCAACGAAUUUCUCAAGUUCAACCACGAAAAUAA